AAAAGGACUGGGCCUCGGGAAUCUUACAGAAGAGACGCAGAGUGAUCGUGGUUGAGAGCGAGAGCCUUUCUUCUCGCUCUUCUUCUUCUUCUUCUUCUUCCUCUCUCCCUGUUCAUCUCUUACCAGUUGCUACCAAAAAACACGGACCAACGAAAACCUCCCCGGCAUCAUGAACCACGACUCCAAGCGAAGCAAUCCUUCUCUAAUGGUCAAGCCUGAAUCUGAGGAUCGCAAACCCUCCUCUGCUGCUCCCGUCGGCAAGAAAAUCGUCAUCAAGAGCGCUGAUAUGUUCGGAGACAUGCAGAAGGAGGCUGUCGACAUUGCCAUAGCCGCAUUUGAGAAGCAUUCCGUCGAGAAGGAUGUCGCUGAGCAGAUUAAGAAGGAGUUCGAUAAGCGGCAUGGUCCGACCUGGCAUUGCGUCAUCGGUCGUAAUUUUGGUUCCUAUGUGACACAUGAAACCAACCAUUUUGUUUACUUUUACCUGGAUCAAAAAGCAGUCUUACUCUUCAAAUCUGGUUGAUGACUGUUCUUCCCUUGGCAAAGAUGCCACCAACUACUUUGGCAAGCCUGCAAUCACAAUGCUACGAUAAGUUCUUGUAUGUAUAAUCUAUGUAAAUCACUUGGUGUAGCAUUUUUCAAAUUAUAACUAAAUAUAUCACUGAGGGAGUAGAUUAAAUGGAAUUCAAUCUGCCAUUACAUAAAUCUCUCAAAGGGUUUCCUUGUUGCUCUCAUUAAAACAGAAGGUUGCAGUACAAAAAGGGGAGGGAUGCUUGUUUUUAA